CUGGCUCCCCGCCCCUACCCUGGUUAGUAUGGAUGCCAGAACAGCCCUGACUGGGCCCUGGCAACAAGUCAGAGGCCCUGGGAAGGCGCCCUGGCGAGGCUGGGCAUGUUCCUUCUCCACAGCCGAACGGCCUUCGGCCUCUUGUUGCCAGCUCUGUUUUCCCCGGGGGGGAGACUUGGUUUUCUCCUGGCAGCGCAGGGGCUGCUGGGAAGGGAAGAUGGAGCCUGCCAGCUUCUUGGUGGAGCUGGAGGCCUGGGGCACGGGUGCAGUUGUCCUCUGGGAGACUGGGGGCCCAUCCCCCUCCCACCAGAACCAGUGACUCUCAGGAAGGGGAGAGCUGCCAGAUCACCUGCAGGGGGCAGCAUGAGCCAGAGGCCCUGGCCAGUCACUUGACCCAGGAGGCAGGCAGGGUGCUCAGUGUGUGCGCCUGGUGGACAGGGGGCGGCCACCUCAUGGCCUGGGCCCAGGUCUGUGCCAGUUGUUGCUGGCAGCUGGCUGAAGCGGUCCUGCGCACUCCCCCUGGGGUUGGGGGUGAGGAGAGGACCCCCUUGCUGGGCCCUGCCCCUGCCAGCCAGUCCCCGGGGCCCUUGAUCCAGAGGGGCCCAGGUACCCCAAACGCAGGAUUUUCCUGCCCCUCUAGCAGCUUCAGCAGCAGUGACCCCCUUUCUGGAGGGAUCAGGAAAUUGGGCCUGAGCACUGGUAGCAGCUCCACCUGGAGUCCUGGAGCCACCGGGGCCUCCUGGCCCACAACUGUCCUUCUGGCCGACCUUGAGCAGGAUGCGAGGCAGGGGGAGUGUGCCCUUCCCAGGGCCGUCCCGGCAGGCCUGGUCCCAGUGAAACCCGAAGCCAGCCGGAGCUCCAGCCCUGGGCCGACCAGCUGCAUGGGGGCAAGGGUAGUAGCAGAGGCCAGACCAGGGGACACAGGCUUUGCCGGGCCUGAACUGGAGAGCUGGCUGCCUCGCUGCCAUGGCGGUCCUGAGACUCCAGAGCCCAGGAGAGGGCAGCCGCCGACUGCACCAGAGCUGCCGUCAGUCAUGCUGUUGAAUGGGGACUGUCCAGAGAGCCUGAAGAGGGAAGAGGGGGCCACUGAACCACCCCGGGAAAAUGGGCUGGAUGAGGCCGAGGCGGGAGAGGAGACCACUGGACAGGAAGUCAUUGUCAUUCAGGACACAGGCUUUUCUGUGAAGAUCCUGGCCCCUGGGAUUGAGCCUUUCUCCCUGCAGGUGUCCCCCCAGGAGAUGGUACAGGAAAUCCACCAGGUACUCAUGGAUCGUGAAGACACAUGUCACCGCACCUGCUUCUCACUGCACCUGGAUGGCAACAUGCUGGACCACUUCUCAGAGCUGCGCAGUGUGGAGGGGCUGCAGGAGGGCUCUGUGCUACGUGUGGUAGAAGAGCCAUACACGGUGCGUGAGGCCCGCAUCCACGUGCGCCAUGUCCGAGACCUGCUCAAGAGCCUGGACCCAUCCGAUGCCUUCAACGGGGUUGACUGCAACUCCUUGUCCUUCUUGAGUGUCUUUACCGAUGGCGACCUGGGAGGCUCGGGUCCCUCAGACAGCGGGAAGCGGAAGAAGGGCUUGGAGAUGGACCCCAUCGACUGUACGCCACCCGAGUACAUCCUUCCAGGGAGCCGGGAGCGGCCGUUGUGUCCCCUGCAGCCCCAGAACCGUGACUGGAAGCCCCUGCAGUGCCUGAAAGUGCUCACCAUGAGCGGCUGGAACCCGCCCCCUGGGAACCGUAAGAUGCAUGGGGACCUCAUGUACCUGUUUGUGAUCACGGCCGAGGACCGGCAAGUCAGCAUCACAGCGUCCACACGGGGCUUUUACCUGAACCAGUCCACAGCGUAUCACUUCAACCCCAAGCCUGCCAGCCCUCGCUUCCUCAGCCAUUCCCUGGUGGAGCUGCUCAACCAGAUCAGCCCGACCUUCAAAAAAAACUUUGCCGUGCUGCAGAAGAAAAGGGUCCAGCGCCACCCGUUCGAGAGGAUCGCCACGCCGUUCCAGGUGUACAGCUGGACGGCCCCCCAGGCAGAGCAUGCCAUGGACUGCGUGCGCGCGGAGGAUGCCUACACCUCGAGGCUGGGCUACGAGGAGCACAUUCCCGGACAGACCCGGGACUGGAAUGAGGAGCUGCAGACAACAAGGGAACUGCCCCGUAAGAACCUGCCCGAGCGGCUGCUGCGAGAGAGAGCCAUAUUCAAGGUGCACAGUGACUUUACUGCAGCAGCCACGCGCGGUGCCAUGGCGGUCAUCGAUGGCAACGUGAUGGCCAUCAACCCCAGUGAGGAGACGAAGAUGCAGAUGUUCAUCUGGAACAACAUCUUCUUCAGCCUGGGCUUUGAUGUCCGUGACCACUACAAGGACUUUGGCGGGGACGUGGCAGCCUACGUGGCACCCACCAACGACCUGAACGGCGUGCGCACGUAUAACGCAGUGGACGUGGAGGGGCUCUACACGCUGGGCACGGUGGUGGUGGAUUACCGUGGCUACCGUGUUACGGCCCAGUCCAUCAUCCCUGGCAUCCUGGAGCGGGACCAGGAGCAAAGCGUCAUCUAUGGCUCCAUUGACUUUGGCAAGACAGUGGUGUCGCACCCGCGAUACCUGGAGCUGCUGGAACGCACGAGCCGGCCCCUCAAGAUCCUGCGGCACCGGGUGCUCAACGACCGCGACGAGGAAGUGGAGCUCUGCUCCUCCGUGGAGUGCAAGGGCAUCAUCGGCAACGAUGGGCGCCACUACAUCCUCGACCUGUUGCGCACCUUUCCCCCUGACCUCAACUUCCUGCCCGUGCCUGGUGAGGGGCUGCCUGAGGAGUGCACCCGCGCUGGCUUCCCCCGUGCCCAUCGGCACAAGCUCUGCUGCCUGCGCCAGGAGCUGGUGGAUGCCUUCGUGGAGCACAGGUACCUCCUCUUCAUGAAGCUGGCUGCCCUGCAGCUGAUGCAGCAGAAAGCCAGCAAAUUGGAGAGUCCCACCUCGCUGGAAAACGGCAGUCUCCCCUCCCCGGAGUCCAAGCCUAAAGACCCUCCGGGACCGGAGGCGGGAAGUGAGGAGGAGGGCAGCAGUGCUAGUGGCCUGGCCAAGGUGAAGGAACUGGCAGAGACCAUCGCCUCGGAUGACGGGACAGCAGACCCUCGGAGCCGGGAGGUGAUCCGCAACGCGUGCAAGGCAGUCGGCUCCAUCAGCAGCACGGCCUUCGACGUUCGCUUCAACCCUGACAUCUUCUCGCCAGGCAAGCGGUGGGACAGGGCAGGCACAGUGCUGUGGGGGUCAUCUUGGGGCCCUGUCCAUCCACCUGAGCGCUGGCAUCUUCCUCUGCUUCCCUUCUGCCUGGCUCAAGCCUCUGCUCUUCCUCCCGCAGGGGUUCGCUUCCCCGAGUCCUGCCAGGAGGAAGUUCGGGACCAGAAGCAGCUGCUGAAAGAUGCCGCUGCCUUCCUGCUCUCCUGCCAGAUCCCCGGCUUGGUGAAGGACUGUGCAGACCAUGCGGUGCUGCCCAUGGACGGGGCCACACUGGCUGAGGUGAUGCGCCAGCGUGGCAUCAACAUGCGCUACCUGGGCAAGGUGCUGGACCUGGUGCUCCGGAGCCCGGCUCGAGACCAGCUGGACCACAUCUAUAAAAUUGGCAUUGGAGAGCUCAUCACCCGCUCUGCCAAGCACAUCUUCAAGACAUACUUACAGGGAGUUGAGCUCUCAGGCCUCUCGGCUGCCAUCAGCCACUUCCUAAACUGCUUCCUGAGCUCUUACCCCAACCCCGUGGCCCACCUGCCCGCCGACGAGCUGGUCUCCAAGAAGAGGAACAGGAGGAGGAGAAACCGGCCCCCAGGGGCAGCAGAUAACACGGCCUGGGCUGUCAUGACCCCCCAGGAGCUUUGGAAAAACAUCUGCCAGGAGGCCAAGAACUAUUUCGACUUCAGCCUCGAGUGUGAGACCGUGGACCAGGCUGUGGAGACAUACGGCCUGCAGAAGAUAACGCUGCUACGGGAGAUCUCCCUGAAAACCGGAAUCCAGAUCCUGCUGAAGGAGUACAGCUUCGACAGCCGCCACAAACCCGCAUUCACCGAGGAAGAUGUGCUCAACAUCUUCCCUGUGGUCAAGCACGUCAACCCGAAGGCCUCGGACGCCUUCCACUUCUUCCAGAGCGGGCAGGCCAAAGUACAGCAGGGCUUCCUGAAGGAGGGCUGCGAGCUCAUCAAUGAGGCCCUGAACCUGUUUAACAACGUGUAUGGAGCCAUGCAUGUGGAGAUCUGCGCCUGCUUGCGCCUCCUGGCCCGUCUCCACUAUAUUAUGGGUGACUACGCCGAGGCCCUGAGUAACCAACAGAAGGCAGUGCUCAUGAGCGAGCGAGUGAUGGGCAUUGAGCACCCCAACACCAUCCAGGAAUAUAUGCACCUGGCCCUGUACUGCUUUGCCAGCAGCCAGCUGUCUACGGCCCUGAACUUGCUGUACCGCGCCCGCUACCUCACACUGCUCGUGUUCGGGGAAGACCACCCGGAGAUGGCACUGCUGGAUAACAACAUCGGGCUGGUGCUGCACGGAGUGAUGGAGUGUGACCUGUCGCUGCGCUUCCUGGAGAAUGCGCUGGCCGUCAGCACCAAGUACCACGGGCCCAAAUCCCUCAAGGUGGCCCUCAGCCACCACCUUGUCGCCCGGGUCUAUGAGAGCAAAGCCGAGUUCCGGUCAGCCCUGCAGCACGAGAAGGAAGGCUACACCAUCUACAAGACCCAGCUGGGUGAGGACCACGAGAAGACCAAGGAGAGCUCCGAGUACCUCAAGUGCCUGACCCAGCAGGCCGUGGCCCUGCAGCGCACCAUGAACGAGAUCUACCGCAACGGCUCCAGUGCCAACAUCCCGCCCCUCAAGUUCACAGCCCCCAGCAUGGCCAGUGUCUUGGAACAGCUCAAUGUCAUCAACGGCAUCCUCUUCAUUCCUCUCAGCCAAAAAGACUUGGAGAAUCUGAAAGCCGAGGUGGCGCGGCGGCACCAGCUCCAGGAGGCCAGCAAAAACAGGGAUAAAGCUGAGGAGCCCAUGGCCACCGAGCCUGAGCCAGCGGGGGCCCCAGAGGACGUGGCCUCCCAGCCCCAGGCUGCCAAGGACCCUUCUUCCUCAAGCUUUCAGGGGUAGAGAGGGAGAGACAGACGGACAGUCAGCUGCCCCGUUACCCAGUGAUCCAGACUCCAGGAGAAGGGGGGCAUGCCCUGCAGAUCAGGAGAGGAAACAAGUCCCUCUUCCACGUUUCCGACCCCAGCCCUACCCCCAGCAUCCUCCUGGGACCCCGGCCUGGCCUGCCUGUCCCCCGAAAGAUGUUUUUGCACUGGUUCAAUGAAUAUACAAUGCAGAGGCCUAAUUGAAGACAUGUGAAUGGAGUGUGUGGGCAUCAGUUCCCAGCUGGGGGGCAGGUGUCCCCUCAGGCCCCCCAUCCUCGAGCAGUGCGUGCGAGUGUGUCCAUGCCCGUGAAUGUCUCGGCCCGUCCUUCCUAACUUGUACAUAGCCCCGAGUCAGUUCUGAGUGGGUGACGUGCAGAUGAGAUUUCUCAGGUCAUUUGUAUGUUUGACAUUAUGGCUGCUGCUUUUGCUGCCACUACCCCUGGGUCCAGCCUGGCUUAGAGUCCAGGUUUGAAGCCAAAAAGAGGGGAGCUUUCCUGUGUCCUGGGAUGGGGAGCCAGAGCUCCAUGGCAGGGCUGGAGGGUUGGGGUGCACUUUAGCUUUGUGGCAAGGUGGGAGCUGCAGCAGCGGCUUUACUGAUCCGGAUGGGCCUGGCCUGGCUGUGCUGAGGGUGGGGGAAAGGGGUGCGUGGCCACGGUGGUUCCCCAGACAUCCCUGUGCCCAGCCGCGACCUGUCUGCCCUUGGGCCUCAGCAGGAGGCGCUGCCUCCCCACCCCCUGCACCCCAGUUGGGGUUCACCUUGGGGGCUACAGUCUGAAUGUAUCCUUCUCCCCAUUUAACCUGAGCUGCCUAACGCACAGUGGGGGUGGGGGGAGUGAGGGGUAGGGGAACCUGGGCUGAAUCAUGGAUCCUGGGGGGAUGUUACCAGAUACAGGAGUGAUUGUCACUGUUUGUGGAGUCCAGCUCCCUACCUGGUCCUUGCUACACAAGCACCUUCUAUAGGGAGUAGCUCUGGGAGUGGCAGGGGGGGGGCUGCGUGGAAGGUGAUGGCCCCCACAGGCCCCAGCUACUCCCUCUCCUGCCUGCCUGUGCUGCUUCUCUGUGCCUGCUGUUGGAGCCCCAACGGGUAGGGGGAGAUCGCCACCCUUGUGAGCUUGAGGGAGCUGUUCCCAGGAACGGGCCUCUGCCUGGGGGCUUUGCGGAGAGCUGCUUAUGGGUAUGGUCUGUCCAAAUACCUUGUUUCAAAGGGAGUGGGUGUGAGCUAGCAAGCAAAGCAUCCCCACAGCUGAUCAAGAACUUUUUCUUGUUUUUAAACCAUCACGUCUUCAUUUCACAUUGGAAUAAAGUGAGUUUUUGAAACCUGC